CCUGCCAGUGGAGUUUAAAGUUUCGAGGCUCAGAGGAACACAAUGACUUGGAUCAAACACCCUAAAUGAGAAGAGGGCAUUUCUGCAGCAUCCAGGGAGUCCUCAAAGUCCUGCUAAACCAACUAUCUCCUCUUUAAAGCGUUCAAGCUGCGGAAAGAAACGACCGAUUGACUUCCUCUUUCAAUGACCAGAGAUUAUUUCUGACAAUCCAGGAUAUCCCGAAAGCUAGGAGACAUAUGGCUGGAAAAUGAAACGAUCCAGGAGCGUGGCCACAUCAUUGAUUUGUGUCGCGUGGGGCCAGAUGGGCACUCGGUGAACGGCGCAGGGAUGCGAACGGACAGUUUCAUAAUGUGAAUUUUUUUUCCCCAUAACGCUAAAACAGAUUUCGUUUCCUUCUCAUUUCUUUCGGUCUCUAGUACCUGCUUUUCCUCCCUCUCUGCAAUAUCAAUUAACUCAACUCUGCAGCAGGGUGGCCAGAAAGGAAGAGAAUGAGGCGAUCUCCAUAACCUUAGGAAGUGUCGGAGGAGUCGCAAACCAGGGAACUGCGGCUGCGACCCGCCGCGUCCAGUGCGGAUUUCAGGGUUAGCACUGCCUUGGCGGUCAUGGAGCGGGCCGUGCCCUCGGUCCGUGGAGAAUAGAGACCCGGGCGCCGAGAGGAGUUCACUGAUCUUGUGGCAGGCUUUGAGGCCGUGGCUGGCUCUCACCCGCUGUCUUUUAUCACCAUUAUCACCAUUCUCGAGAAGUCAUGGAAGAGGGCCCGCUGCCAGACCUCAGAGACAUCGAGCUAAAGCUGGGACGCAAAGUACCCGAGAGCCUAGUGCGCUCCCUCCGCGGGGAGGAGCCGGUUCCCGGGGAAAGGGACAGAGACCCCUGCGGGGGGAGCUGCAGCGGCGGCGGCGGUGGUUGCUGCAGUAGCAGCAGCAGCUGCUGCAGCUUCCCUCCCUCCUUAACAUCCUCCUCUUCGUCCUCCCCAACCUCUGGCUCCCCACGACGUAGCCACUCCAGCGCCCUGGAAAGGCUGGAAACCAAGCUUCACCUCCUCAGGCAAGAGAUGGUUAACCUCAGAGCCACAGAUGUCAGACUUAUGCGCCAGUUGCUCCUCAUCAAUGAGAGCAUCGAGUCUAUCAAGUGGAUGAUGGAGGAGAAAGCCACCAUCACUAGCCGAGGCAGCAGUCUCAGUGGCAGUCUGUGCAGCCUGUUGGAGAGCCAGAGCACCUCAUUACGCGGCAGCUACAACAGCCUGCAGGAUGGCAGUGAUGGGCUAGAUGGCAUCUCUGUGGGAAGCUACCUGGACACUUUGGCUGAUGAUGUCCCAGGCCAUCAGACCCCUUCAGACUUGGACCAGUUCAGUGACGGCUCCAUCAUAGAGGACUCACAAGCCCUGCACAAGCCUCCUAAAUUGGAUUCUGACUACUACUGCUUUGGCUAAUGACCCAGUUUUUUGCAUGGGACUGGUGUGCAAUUAACUUGUAUGUAUCCUUCUUCUCCGCUGCUAUAUUUUUGGUGUGAUUUUGUAAAAUAAGACAACCUUUUAAAAGAAGCUUAUUUUUAAACUGCUUAAUGACAUUUCUGUUGCUCCUAAUAUUUCUCAUCUAGACUGAUUUAUUUUUCUCUGUUACAUCUCUAUUUUUAUUUAUUAAAAUGAUUUUCCUCCCUUCUUUUAGAGUAGCACAAACAAAGUAGGGGGGAAAGAAUAAGCAAUAAUUAUGUUUUUGCUUUUGUUUUCAGAGCAAGGGGUCAGGGAUUACAAGGAAAACUUUGCUAAAUUUUACAAUAAACCAAAGUAUGAAAACUGUUAAUUUUGUUGCUGUGUCCUUAAAUGAUUCAAGAUUUUUAUCUUCCAAAAGAUACUGAGAUCUAUUACUGUUUUUAGAUUAGGUUGCACAAACUCCUUGAACAAAAUCAAGGGUGCCAAUUAUGGUACACUUUUACAUGCCAUCAUUGGAAAGCCCCCAAGUGUAUGCAACCUGAUCACUUCACCCUUUUGUUGAUACUACACAUUAGGAUUUUGUAAUCAGUCAUUUUAACUCAUAUAUUAGACAUAUCUGUCUGACAAUAUGUAUUAGUACUUCAAAUUUUGAGGAAUAUUGAGAUCAGGUAUGAUGGUGAUUAAAGGCAAAUAUGCCCUACAUUUAAAUUUGA